AUGGCGACCGAGGGGCAGAAUAUGCCCUUUAUAAAAAAUCUUGCAUCUAGCGAUCGCAAAACACGUAGCUCCGCCGUAGAUACCCUACGAACGUUCCUGACAGCGCCGACCACCGUCCGCAAACUGACCGAAAUUGACUAUCUGAAACUAUGGAAAGGCCUUUUCUACAGCGUAUGGAUGUGCGAUCGACCCAUUCCACAGCAAAACCUCUGCGCGGACCUCGCUGGCCUUCUAUCCGUACUACCCACCCCAAACGAUGACGAAUGCGCUGUCGUGAUUCCUUUCCUCCGCGCCUUCUGGGCUACCCUCUCCCGCGAGUGGACUUCUAUUGACGUAUUGCGCAUGGAGAAGUAUCUACUUUUAGUGCGACGUGUCUUCGGUGCCAGUAUAGCCUGGGCUGGUGACGGAAAGACGAAAACAAAAGGCAAGAGGUGGACUGGCACUCGCGCCGAAAACAUGUUGCGACUACUAGAAGAAUGGCCUCUUGAGAAAACCGGCGACCUUUCCAAAGUUUCUGUCGGCCUGCGGCUACACGUACUGGAUAUCUGGGUCGACGAGGCGGAAAAGCUCGAACUUUUAAAGGACGAGGAGUCUGAUGAGACCUCCGAAGAAUCGAAGAAAUUUCUAGAGAGAUUACGGCAUAUCGUGGAGAUACAAGCCAAGUCUACUUGCAAGCCUGUACGACUAAGGGCGAGGGAGUCACUUGCUGACGACAGGUUGCCGUGGAAUAGAGACGACGCACAGGAUGAAGAGUUGGAUGGGGAUGAUAAUGAUGAUCGAAACGGUUGGGGUGGUUUCGAUGACUGA